CGACAAUCUCCGAGCUAGAUGACAGCCUCCACGAUCAUACUGGCAAACAACUUACUCACUCCUGAGUGUAUUCCCACGGCCCACCGUCAGUGAGACAGCGAGACAGAGCAGAGUAGAGCAUCAACGCCCGAUCCCCGGCCCAAGCCGACUAUAUAACUCUCAAACCCGGGAGCGCCAAACUCCGUCAGCUAUCUAGCCCCUCUCUACCACUCUGCAGCACCGCACCUCUGCACCUCUGCAGCUCUGUCCCUGGUCGGGUCGGACCGAGAUUCCUGGAAAUCUGGAAACAGCGGACCUUGUAUCCAGGCGCUAGAUUGCCCUCGACCUGGUGCUUCCAUUUACCACGACUACUUUUACCACGACUACUACAGAGUACAGAGAGUGUGCGUGCGUGCGUACAUAGGGCGCGCGGAAAGUGCGCUUUACGUCACGGUCACGGAUGGCCGCGCGCGCGGGGGGCGCGGGGAGGAGGAGGGGGGGGGGGGGGAUUGGGGGACGAUCGGGGUUUCCACCAGUGCCGGGGCCGAUCGUGGGGAUGCUCACUGUCACUGUCACUCUCACUCUCACUCUCUGGGGCGGCUGCGGCCCUGCGGGGACGGCCAACCGGUGCACCACGUGCACGGGACCCUACUGCUUCCCACUGCUCCUGUCACCGUGGCUGGCCGCUGGUUGCUGGUGGCGUUCGAACUUCGAGCUGGAAUGCGCGGAGGAUUUCGGAUUUCUGAAGGCGGGUGCUGCUCCCUACAGCUCCGAGCGUUGGAGCUCAAUACUUUGGGUUGAUGUCCACUGCACUUUGGCUGAGGGGAAACAGUGGGCUUUGGGUCGGCAUGCCGGCGCGAUAGCUACGUCCCCAGUCCCCACAUCGGCCUGUUUGCCUGGUGAUCUCCCCGAGUCCUUUCCGUUGGGUAUUCGCUCGCUCAGGCAGCCCGACUGGUGGCGGAGAUGGUUAGCAAUCACGGUGUGGGCAUAUCAUACUCUACAUAAGAAAGGCUUCGUCUACCGCAACAAGCGUAGGCGUCGAGGACUCCUCGAUACCUAA